AAUUUUAAUCCAUUGCUAUAUUUUUUAUAUCUGAUAAAUAUGAAGCAGUUAAGUCAUUGGGAUCACAUACAAUUCUUAAAGAUUUAUCUCGAUAUUUACAAAGUCUACCUGAUGGCUAGACCGGUAAAACACUCCCAAUCCCAAGCCACUGCUUUCAGAGAGAUGGUGGUGAAUAAAUAUAAUACAGAAAAUGAAUGGAAAUGGUUUAUAAAAGUCAAUCUUUCAGAUGACUGCAACUUUCCAACUUCAUCUACGUGUCUUGUAGUAGCAAAGAUGCUAUUCGCAGCACAUUGUCUUGUUUCUUAAAUGUUCCUGACAGAGCAUUUAAGCAGUUUCUUCGCAAAACCUUAAUUUGUAUCGUACUGCAGUGCAGAUUUUGUCAUCAACAAGUUUUCUUUCUGGUGAGCUGUGUCUUGCGUUCCUCCGCACUUCAUUUAUUUUUUUAUUUUAAUGACUUCCAUUCACAUGGCAUCUCAUCCCUCAUCAUGUCACUUACUCUUUUUUCUUUCUCUCUCUUUGUUCUUUGACAGGAGAGAUGUGGUUUCGGUUUGAGGAGUCAUGAGCUCUUCCAGUGUUAGUUUUAGUUUCCAUUUAUGGUGCAGAGUUCUUUUUGUUCUUGUAGUUACAUUUUCUGUUGUUUAUAAAUCUUUUGGGGUAAACCCGGAUAGUGUUCUCUUGCUUUCUUUUAAGUACUCGGUUUUCAGUGACUCUCUUAAUGUUCUGGAGAGCUGGAGCUUCAACGAUGAAUCUCCAUGUUCCUGGAAUGGAGUUACAUGUGCAUCUCCAGGAACGGGAUACUCCUCCUCUCGUGUGAUAAGCUUGUCCCUUCCAAAUUCUCAGCUUCAAGGUUACAUUCCAGCGGAUUUGGGCUUGAUAGAAUACCUGGAAAAUCUUGAUCUAUCUAACAAUUCUUUAAAUGGGUCUCUUCCUUUCUCGCUUUUCAAUGCUACCCAGCUUCGCUUCCUGGAUUUGUCAAGUAACUUGAUCUCCGGUGAGUUACCGGAGUUUAUGGGAGGGCCAUACAAUCUUCAAUUUCUUAACCUUUCUGAUAAUGCCAUGGCGGGAAAGCUGCCUACCAGUCUCACUACUUUGCAAAAUCUAACUGUUGUUUCUUUGAGGAAUAAUUACUUCUCUGAUAGUCUACCAGGUGGAUUCAACUAUGUUCAAGUUCUAGAUCUGUCUUCAAACCGAUUCAAUGGAUCUUUGCCUCCUGAUUUUGGAGGCAACAAUCUUCGUUAUAUGAAUCUCUCUUGCAAUAACAUUUCAGGAGAAAUUCCACCAGGAUUGUCAGAGAAAAUUCCAGGUAAUGCGACAAUUGAUCUUUCGUUCAACAAUCUUACAGGAAAGAUACCGGAAACCAGUGUUUUUUUGAACCAAGAAAGGAGUUCAUUUUCUGGAAAUUCCGAUCUGUGUGGUGAACCAACUAAUAAUCCCUGUCCAAUCCCUUCUUCACAAUCUUCUCUUCCCAAUGGCUCUGCGCCUACUUCUCCUCCUGCAAUUGCAGCAAUGCCCAAAACCAUUGACUCAAACCACCGCUCCGUCCCCGCUGGGCCUGGCCAAGGCUCAAAAGGACUCCGGCCAGGAACCAUAAUAGGCAUUGUCUUUGGAGAUGUUGCAGGAAUUAUAAUCCUUGCAGUGGCCUUCUUCUAUGUGUACCGCGUAAUAAACAAGAAGAACGUCGAGUCUACACUGAAGAAAGAAACGAGUGCAGCUAAAGAUACGUUGUCAUUGUCUUCAUCCUCAUCCUCAGAGUCAAAAGGGUUCACAAGAUGGUCAUGUUUACCCAACGGAGGAAACGACGGCGAGGAAGAUUCAGACACCUCAGUUUCCGAUACAGAGGAGCCCCAAAGUGGGCGAAAAAGUCUGGACAAUCAACGGCAACAACUGCAUGAUCAUAACAAGAAAGGGAAACUGGUAACCCUUGAUGGAGACAAAGAGCUCGAGCUCGAGACUUUACUCAAAGCUUCAGCUUAUAUACUUGGAGCUUCUGGUUCCGGUAUAAUGUACAAGACAGUUCUUGAAGACGGGACAACAUUUGCGGUUCGCAGAAUUGGUGAGAGCAGUGUUGACCGGUUCAGGGAUUUUGAGACCCAGGUCCGAGUCAUCGCCAAACUGGUGCACCCCAAUCUGGUUCGUAUACGUGGCUUCUACUGGGGAGUUGAUGAGAAGCUGAUUAUUUAUGAUUAUGCCCAAAAUGGCAGCCUUGCCAACGCUCGUUACAGAAAAGUUGGCUCAUCUCCUUGCCAUCUACCAUGGGAGGCCCGGCUGAAGAUAGCCAAAGGAGUGGCCCGUGGGCUUGCCUUCCUCCAUGAGAAGAAGCAUGUGCACGGAAAUUUAAAGCCCGCAAACAUUCUUUUGUGUGGUGAUAUGGAACCCAAAAUUGGCAAUUUCGGGUUGGAAAGGCUUGUAACAGGCGACACAAGUUACAAAGCAGGGGGAUCAGCCCGAAUUUUUGGUAGCAAGAGGUCUAUGGCUUCACGUGAUAGCUUCCAAGAUCUUGGGCCUGGACCCAGCCCGAGUCCAAGUUCUCUAGGGGGCAUAUCGCCGUACCAUGCACCUGAGUCGCUGAGGAGCCUAAAGCCUAAUCCGAAGUGGGAUGUGUACUCAUUUGGGGUCAUACUGCUUGAGCUACUAACUGGGAAGGUUAUAAUAGUUGAUGAGUUAGGGCAGGGAAAUGGGCUUGUUGCGGAAGAUAAGAACCGGGCUUUGAGGCUGGCAGACAUGGCGAUAAGGGUUGAUUUAGAGGGCAAAGAAGAAGCCUUAUUGUGUUGCUUCAAGCUAGGGUACAAUUGUGCAUCCCCUAUCCCACAAAAGAGACCGUCAAUGAAAGAAGCACUUCAAGUUCUUGACAAAUUCCCAUCUUCAUCUUCAUCUUCACAUUUAUUGUACUUUUCUGGUCACUAAUGAAAUAAGCAUAAAUUUACCCUUUGUAGAGAAUUAUGCAUGUAUGUAUGUAUGUAUGUAUAAUUGACUAAUACAUCUUUGUUCAAGGUUUGGAUUGUAA